AUGCUCCAAUGUAUGAACGUCACCCUUUCCGAGCUCAAGAGAUCUAACAAGACACUUGAGCUUGAUGAUCUUAAUGUAGAGUCCGCAUAUUUCCGUUUCUUUGAUGCAGUAGUCCCCAGGCAACUAGACCCCGUAUGGCACAAGGUCGGUCCACGGACGAAGCAACUUGUGAGUGACCUCGCAACUCUCAGACGUCUAUUAACGUACCUGCUGCCCUACGAUGCCCUCGCUUUCCACGCCUACCUUGAGUCUCUCGUAGCCUCAAAUACAACAACUGCUACGGGUGCAGCUAAUAAACACCAACCCCCUUGGAUGCCCACUGAUGCGGGCAACAUUAUUUUCAACACCGCGAAACGACAGUGUCAUGUCCUUACUGCUCCAAAACCCAAGGCGUCGAUUUUCGAGAGGCAAGUGGUUGACGUUGACGACGAAGAUGCAUGGACUGCCCUUGAAAAGGUACAUGGCAUAGUACGAACCAAUCGUGGAGAUAAAGGGAAGGAAAGGAAGAAACCAUGGGUUCCGGAUAGCGUGCCUCCCGUGCUCGAAGAACUUCCAAAGUCGGAUCUCCUUGCAGACGUACUUCAGGAAAUCGAAGAAGAGUUGAUGAGACGGAGGCAGUGUCCGCCAAUACGCGGGACAAAUACUGUACUCGUCAUGACCUCCUCUCCGCGCUCUUCUACCCUUGUGAGCGAGUUCUUGGGCGAGGUUGACAGCGCUGCUCCCAAAGGCUCUCGUGGACGAUCUACGAUGGAGCGCAAAUUGCGGAGGUACCUAUUUUGGAAGGGCCAGAACGCCAGACAAAAGCAACCAAGAUACCAACAACCCCCCCAGUUUUCUGCUCCGCAGCCACAGCCCCCGUCGCUACCUGACGGUGAGAUAAGCGAAGCUUUGAAGAGGAAGGACAAAAUGAGACAAGAGUAA